UCCCAGGCUUUUGACACCAUGCAACCUCUGAGGACACUGCUCCUGGCCAUCCUGCUUCUGGGAGCUUCCCUGCAGCACAGCCAAGCUGCUCGAGCCCCCAAUACAGGCCGGGAGUGCUGCCGGGAGCUCUUCAAGGGGGCCAUUCCUGUAAGAAGGCUGGCAACAUGGUACAAGACCCCACCCGAGUGUUCCAGGAACGCCAUUGUGUUUGUGACCAUCCAGGGCAAGUUCAUCUGUUCAGAUCCCAAGGACAAGCAUGUUAAGAAAGCCAUGAAGUACUUAGAAACCCUCAAGAAGUCCCGUGCCACCCAGCAGUCUUGA